UCAGCAGGUGGUAGAUUGUGUCCACGCUUUGCAGACCCUGUGUCUGAAGUGGACUGUGUUCAGAAGCUGCUGCUAAGGGAAGAAUGUCUGCAAAUUCCUAUUUGGACUAUCGCACAACUCCCUAUACCCUAUCCAAGUUCAUUUGCAAUCAGGGGCGGACUGACAACUCAUGGGGCCCCCUGGGCAAUAGGGGAUCAUGGGGCCCCUGUGUCCUUGCCCAACUCAAACUCAAAAAAGCCUAU